UUUGAGUGUUGCUCCUCAUCUUGCGAAAACAAUUUUUCCUCUUCCCUAGCGCAUCGCCACGGGAGCUUCUACACCGAUAUCCCGAAGAUGGGGGCAGGCACUCAAAGCCACGAAGAGAUGGAUGCGGGAAACGAUGUAGAGAAGCACGUCGUUCAAGUGAGCACGGGAACAGAGUCUCAUUCUCGUGGUUUCAUGGGAUAUGUCUCAAGAUUGGAAAACCGUGGCGGAAUCGAGGUGAAAGGCGCAAUUCCAGUUCCCUAUGAUGAAAGGACGAUCACUCGAUACUGGCAUGUCUUCUCGCUAUGGUUCUGUAUGAGCUGCAACAUGUUACCGAUCACGUUUGGAAUGGUAGGAACCACAAGUUUUGGAUUAAGUUUAAGAGACGCAGCUCUUGUCAUCUUCUUUUUUACCCUAUUCUCCACUAUACCGGUCGCCUACAUGUGCACGUGGGGGCCAAAGACUGGAAUGCGACAACUUGUACAAGCCAGGUUCUCAUUUGGGAAAUACUUUGUGUCUAUUCUCGUCCUACUCAACCUGGCCACCCUUACUGGAUUUUGCGUGGUUGAUUCAGUGAUUGGCGGUCAAGCACUGUCUGCUGUGACCAACGGAACAUCUGUCAAUGCCACUGUGGGCAUCGUUAUUAUCGCUCUAUUAUCGCUCUUGAUCUCUUUCUGUGGGUUCAAGGUCUUGCAUUUCUACGAGAAGUAUGCCUGGGUGCCGGCAUUAAUCGCUAUUGUGAUCGCAACCGGAGUCGGAGGGAAGCAUCUCAAAGAACAAGUCGUUGUUCCAGCUGCUACCGCUCCUCAAAUCCUGUCUUUUGGUGGGCUUGUUGCAAGCUUCAUGCUACCGUGGGCAGCGUUGGCUUCCGACUUCUCAACAUAUAUGCAUCCAAAGGCACCUCCGUUCCGGAUCGCGUUCUACACGUACAUGGGUCUCGCUUUACCGACUAUCCUCUUAAUGACUCUAGGAGCUGCGAUAGGCGGCGCCACUCCCAAUAUUCCCACCUGGACAGAAGGGUAUGAGAAGAAUGCUGCAAGUGGUGUUCUAGCAGCAAUGAUGCAUCCCGUCGGUGGUUUUGGACGUUUUGUCACUGUCGUGCUUGCUUUCAGCAUGGUUGGCAAUUUGUCCGCGACCAUGUACAGCAUCACCCUCAACUUCCAGAUGUUUGUCCCUUGGAUGUUCCGUAUUCCUCGCUACAUCUUCUCCGUCGUGAUAACCGCCAUUGUUAUCGGAGUCGCUAUUGAAGCUGCCAAAAGAUUCUUCGUCAAUCUGGAGAACUUCCUAGGCUUGAUCGGAUAUUGGUCAGCUGCCUUCAUCGGAGUUGUUCUGGUUGAUCAUAUCAUCUUUCGUGGACGAAACUUCGACUGCUAUACUGAAGACACAACAGCGUGGAACGACUCCAAAAAACUGCCCCCUGGUUUUGCAGCCAUAGGAGCUGCCGUUCUUUGCUUUGCUUUGGUAAUACCGAGCAUGAAUCAGAUAUGGUUUACUGGGCCUAUAGCCGAAUCCACUGGAGAUAUCGGCUUCGAAAUAGCUCUGGUUCUUUCGGCACUGCUAUAUGGUCCUUUUAGAUACCUGGAACAGCGAAUAUUCGGACGAUGA